UGGUUGUACAGAUGGUGACAUGACUCUUCUUGCUCUUUUUACUGUCAUCCUCGGUCAAAUUCACUGCCUCGUCAUCAACCAACGUAAUGUAAAGCUCAAGCCUGACAAGCAGAUAGUCGAGUAUAAAAUCAACAAACGAGCCUUUGGUUUUCAAGCUCAAGCAACUAUCAAUGUAACGGUCACUUGUGAAGAAGAUUUAAGGAAUUCUAGUACUGAAGGCAAAAGUUUGGUACUCUACAGGUGCCCUACUAGUGUACAUGAACUGGAAGCAGUGCACUACUCCACAAACUGCCCCAAGGUGAUUGGAUGGUCACGAUCUUCAAAAACUAUCAGUUUCUAUGAUGUAGUUGCAAACGAUGAGUUUUCCACGUUGAUCCUCAAAGAACAGGAAUACGAAAGGACCCCGUCUGUUAAGAUUUGCUCGGUACAAGCUACCCUCUUAAACCGUGGUGGGAGCCAUCUCAGUACCGACCAAAUACCCAUCCCCACUAACUACAUAGUUACUUUAGUGGUUUGGAUGGUCCUGUCUUUUCUCUGGCUUGUUAACUCACUCUGCUUUAGAAGGCACUCAAACAAUCUGCACAAGCUACUGUCAGCUCUACUCAUCAUAAAACUCGUUAACUUGAUAUUGGCUUAUAUCUUCUGGAAAGAACUGGAUGGCAAAGGUAGAUGGUCUCUGCAGAUAUCGCUGCCUUUUAUUCUGUGUACGAGUGUUUUUGAAACUAUGAUAUUCAUAGUUCUUAUGCUUGCGGGAGAAGGUUGGUGUAUAAUUUGGGAGAAUCCGCGGCUUCUCAAGUACUACCUCGUCCUUUCUACGUCAUUCUUCUUCAUGGUCAUAUGUUACAAAUAUGUUCAUAAGUACUUUCAAGGUUUUGCAAUUGUGUUUGCAAGCAUGAUGAUAUACAUCGCCUUUAAAUGUACCACAAUAUCAAUAAACACAGUAAAACGGAACAUAAUCGCAAGCAAUCAGUUUAUUGAUAAUCACAGACUAACCUACAAGUCAGAGAUAACAUUAAAGAAGCGAUUGAAUAAAAAGUUAAGAAUGUUCAAUUAUCUUCAAGGGUUGAUCAUAGGACUGCCGUGUGUGCUCAUCGUAGUUGAGUCCGUCGCAUCCUUUCUUUUAGUGUAUAACGAAUGGACGAGAGUGUUACUAAAGGAGAUGUUAGAGCUAUCUGUGAUUGUGUACUGCUGCACUCUCUUCAGACUCCGCAACUUCACCGACUACAACAACAUUUCAAUAACCACUCCUUAUCAUAACAAUGUGGUCCUUCUCACCCCCUAUAGAAAUAUAGUGUACAUAUCUAGUGAGAACGAUGAUAAGAUUGGGAGUGAGCCCUCCCAAACGUGACCUAUUUAGGGAGCUCCCGCGUGUGGGCCCCAGUGUGGGCUGAACAUGUGGACGUGAACCUAAACUAUGUGGACGUGAACCUAAACUAUGUGAACAUGUGGACGUGAACCUAAACUAUGUGGACGUGAACCUAAGCUAUGUGGACGUGAACCUAAACGAACAGGAAUCUGAUUAUCAGGCUGCCAAGUAAUCUGUGUUAGACUGCUCUUCUUUCCUUGCUUCUAUUAUAAUGAGGUCUGGAAACUGACGUUGAAAUGUCAGAGAUCGAGAUUUGCAAUAGAUGGUCAGUUACCCUUUGUAAGUGUAACUAACAUGGAACUCUUUUUUGCGCCACGACUUUAUAGCUCGCUGGAAUCUUUGAGUAUUUACUUGAAAACAAAAUGAUUGAAUGUACAUUCUGCCUGAGACUAGAAGCCUACCGUGUCACGUGUGUUGCAGCGUGGCUUUAAAAGAUUUCAGCAUCAAGACAGCACACUUCCAUAUCAGCCGCGCUUAUAAAGCCAUGUACCUACACAUAUUGCACCUGUGGAGAGAUUUACAAGCAGGCAUCUUCACGGUUAUCAAGCUGAUCAUGACCAUAGGUAGGGAUACCACCGUGAUAAAGUGGGCUGUAACUUAGUAACCUGGUAACCUAGUAACCUAGUAACCUAGUAACCUAGUAAUCUGGUAACAUUGUAACCUAGUAACCUGGUAACCUAGUAGCCUGGUAGCCUGGUAACCUGGUAACCUAGUAAUCUGGUAACAUUGUAACCUAGUAACCUGGUAACCUAGUAACCUAGUAACCUAGUAACCAUAGGUAGGGAUACCACCGUGAUAAAGUGGGCUGGAAACAAUGAAUUGAAUGUUUUGAGUGUAUGUUAUCGAUAUAUAAUAUUACAAAGAGUUUUAUAUUGGCAUUGUACAGUGUAUAUUAUAAUGAUUGUCAGGGAAUUUACCGUGUUAU